AUACAGUAUAUGAGGGACAGUCAGAACAUCACAGGGCCACCCAACCAGCAGCAAAACAAUCUACACCAGAGGAGACCCAGACAGCAAGAUGGUUCCAAUGUUGAUUUUCUUCAUGGCAGCUCUUGUAGCUGCAGAUGAGCCAAUGAUGGAGCUCUCAGGCCAAUUAGAGUCUGACAGUGCCUCUGUUUCUGUGGUACACUGUGAUGCAUGUACUACAUGUCCUAAGGGAAAAACGUGCUGUCGUUCUCCUCUUGGUGCUUGGUACUGCUGCCCAUUCUCAAUGGGUCAGUGCUGCAGAGAUGGACUUCAUUGCUGUAGUCAUGGUUAUCACUGCAGUCCGAGAUCCACCCAUUGUUUGAGGGGGUGGCUGAAAAUGCCAUCUCCUGCUGUGCUGGCCACCAAGGCUAUCCAGAAACCUCAGUCUGUCCCCAUUGACCAGGCUCCAGAAUGGAAGAGCCAGACUGAGUCAGUUCAUUGUAAUGGAAAUCUCUUCUGCUCUACUAAUCAGUUCUGUUGCAAGACAGCAGCCGGCCAGUGGGGUUGCUGCAACGAGAUGGUGUUGUAAGUAAGCAACCCCCGUGACUUGGGUGCAGGUCUUACUAAAGACUUACCAAGUGCAAGAGGCUUUUGUCACACUUUCACUCAGCUUAAUUUUUCCUUAGUUAGUUUGUUGUUAUGGACACUCAUUAGUGUCACCUGUGUGCUAUCAAUCUUGUGUGACAGCUUUCAGAAGUCAAUUACUGCUGAUAUAGAUUCAAGCUGAAUUAAUGCAAAAUAAAACUUUAAAGCACUGCA